AUGUUUACGGCGGAAAAACACUACCUUCAGAGAUACCCAGAUUCCAAUGGCUACUUUGGUCAAUUCGGCGGUAACCACUAUCCAGCCGAGCUCCGCCCAGCGCUGGAAGAGUUAGCCGGGAGUUACGAGAAAUUACACUCGACGCAAGAAUUCCAACAUGUUCUCACCAGGGCCCGAAUCGGUCUCCAAGGCCGGCCCACCCCAAUCCACUGCCUCGAGAACAUCUCCAAGGAGAUUGGCGGGGCCCAAAUCUUCGUGAAGCGAGAAGAUCUGAAUCAUACCGGGGCACACAAGAUCAAUCACUGUGUUGGAUUCGCCCUGCUGGCCAAGAAGAUGGGCAAGAAGAGACUUAUUGCUGAGACGGGGGCCGGACAGCACGGGGUUGCUCUGGCCACCGCGGCAGCGUUCUUCAACCUCGAGUGUGAGAUUCAUAUGGGCGAGGUGGAUAUUGCGAAGCAGAGCUCGAAUGUUGGGCGGAUGCGAUUACUCGGCGCGCGGGUGGUGGCUGCAAAUCAAGGCCAGUCUGCUUUGAAAGAAGCGAGUGAUUCUGCCUUUCACGCAUACGUACAGCAGCAUGAGAUUGCGCUGUAUGCGAUCGGGUCAGCUAUCGGCCCACAUCCGUUUCCGAUGAUCGUUCGCGAUUUUCAAAGUGUCGUGGGCCAGGAAGCACGGAAGCAAUUCUUGGACAUGGCACAGGAUGAAGAUCGUCUGCCGGAGCACGUGGUCGCGUGUGUGGCUGGAGGAUCGAAUGCCAUGGGGAUGUUCUCGGGCUUUGUCGACGAUGCCGAGGUGACUCUGCACGCGGUGGAACCGUGCGGUGUAUCUGAACGGCUGGGUGAACAUGCGGCGACUCUUUCGUACGGGAGACCCGGCACAUUGCAUGGUGCUCGGUCUGUGGUACUGCAGAGAGAGGACGAUACACCUGCGCAGGUUUCCUCGAUCGCGUCCGGACUCGCAUACCCCGGCGUUGGUCCAGAAAUGGCAAUGCUUCACGAGACGGGACGUAUAUCGGUUGCCGCGGUGUCGAACGAAGAGGCCGUUGAGGCAUUCUAUAGAACGACUCGAUCCGAGGGUAUUAUCCCGGCGUUGGAAAGUGCACAUGCCCUGGCGUUUGCCUUUCAAUUGGCAGCUCGGCGUCCCUCCUCUGAGAGGAUCCUGGUGAACCUGUCUGGCCGUGGAGAUAAGGACGUCGACUUCAUCCUUGAGAACUAUGGCGUAAAGGCUCCGGCGACAGAUGCGAGCGCUGUUGGAAAGAGUUUGAAUGAGGAGACUACUAACCACCUUUCCCCUUAA